AUGGCGAAACGAGUCGGAGAAUCCUCCGACUCUUUGUCUCGGCGACGCCCAGCUUUCGCGACUCGGACCGCUCAAGAGGAUGUCUCACGUCUCGACCCAGGAGACUCGGCGCAUGUUAUCUCCGACGAACGUACCAGCCUACUACCCUGGCCACCGACUCGAUGGGCCCGUCCGUAUGAGCCCGUGAAUUCGUCAGAACCAACCGAUGACCAACGCCAUUCCUCACCCGUACAUUACUUCCGGGGCCUUUCUCAGUGGUGGCAUAGUCGAGGGGAACAUGAUCAAGAACAGGAAACCGGUGGAGACACCACUUCACAAAACGUGUACCUGUCUGCGAAUCCUCUCCGCGACGUCCGCGCCGAUAAGAAGGACAAGAGUGGACAUCGAUCCCGAUCGGUAGAUGAGCCGAAGAAGCUUGGUACAUUUUCUGGUGUCUUUGUCCCAACGACAUUGAAUGUCUUGAGCAUUCUUAUGUUCCUCCGGUUCGGAUUCAUCUUGGGACAAGCUGGUGUAUUGGGCAUAUUAGGUCUGCUACUCGUAUCAUACACAAUCAACCUCGUGACAACGAUGUCUCUGUCCGCAAUUGCAACCAACGGGACGGUCCGAGGAGGUGGUGCAUACUACCUUAUUUCUAGAUCUCUGGGCCCCGAAUUUGGUGGCUCCAUCGGCAUUGUAUUCUAUCUUGGCUACGUUUUCAACACCGGGAUGAAUGCUGUUGGCUUAGUGGACUGUUUUACCCAGAACUUUGGUGUGCAGUCUGGGGACUGGGCCAACUUCCUGGAGGAAGGCUUUUGGUGGCAGUACUUAUGGGGAACUAUUAUACUGGUAUUUUGCACGGGUAUUUGCUUGGCAGGAAGUUCCAUAUUUGCGAGGGCAAGUAAUGGGCUUUUGGUCAUACUACUCGUGGCAACCUUCAGUAUACCGCUAUCUGCGGUUUUUAUGAAGCCUUUCCCAAUCCCUCGCCUGGGCGUUGAAUUCACAGGACUUCGUUUGAAAACUUUGAUGGGAAAUCUCAAACCUCAUCUAACUAAGGGCGCUGCAGGGAGCCAAAUAAAAGGACGAGAGAACUUCCAGGACCUCUUUGGCAUUCUAUUUCCUGCCACAGGCGGUAUCUUCGCAGGUGCAAGUAUGUCCGGUGACUUGAAGAACCCGAGCAAGGCUAUUCCUAAGGGUACACUCUCGGGUUUGGCUUUGACUUUUGUCGCCUAUGGGCUUGUCAUCCUUGCGAUGGCGGCCUCGGUGACCCGGGAGUCUUUCUAUAACAACGUGAAUGUGAUACAAAUCGUAAAUGCCUCUGAUAGUGUGAUCCUUUUAGGAGAGUUCGCAACCAGUUUCUUUUCUGCCCUGAUGGGUGUGAUUGGAUCUGCCAAGCUUCUUCAAGCCAUUGCGCGAGAUAGCCUCUUGCCUGGCAUAGGAAUCUUUGCCCAAGGCGCACAGAAAACCGACGAUCCCGUAUAUGCCAUCAUCAUAACUUUUGUGUUCGCCCAGGUCACGAUGCUCUUCGACAUCAAUCGAAUUGCGUCUUUUGUUACUAUGACCUACUUGAUGACUUUCCUCGUGACGAAUCUCGCGUGUUUCCUCUUGAAAAUUGGCUCUGCACCUAACUUUCGACCGUCGUUCCACUACUUCAAUUGGCAGACUGCAGCGGCUGGAACGCUCGUCAGUGGGAUUAGCAUGUUUUUUGUGGACGGUGUUUACGCUACAGGAUGUGUAGGUAUCCUGGUGAUUCUCUUCCUGCUGAUCCAUUAUACCUCGCCUCCUAAGCCCUGGGGUGAUGUCAGUCAAAGUCUGAUAUAUCAUCAAGUGCGAAAAUACUUGCUUCGCCUGCGUCAGGAGCACGUCAAGUUCUGGCGUCCUCAGAUCCUGCUUUUUGUCAGUGAUCUCGACAAACAAUACAAAAUGGUCUCCUUCUGCAACUCGUUGAAGAAAGGAUCUCUGUUUGUACUAGCUCAUGUUCUCGUGACCGAUGACUUUUCAGCAGCUGUCCCCGAAGCACGUCGCCAACAGACAGCAUGGACAAAAUUUGUCGAGUAUUCCAAGAUCAAAGCUUUCGUCAACAUUUCCGUUUCGCCCGCUGCAGAAUGGGGUAUGCGAAAUAUUGUCUUAAAUUCCGGACUAGGCGGCAUGAGGCCUAACAUCGUUGUGAUCGACCAAUUCCGAUCGGACCACUCGCUCGUUGAAACCUUCUCCUUGAACAGUGGUCGCAGAGAAUCGAGAACUAGACGCCACUCGGUCCACUCGAGCACGCACGCCGAGGAUUCCACCGGGUCUGGGUCGGCAAAUCCGCCUAUGAGCGGACAGAGUUAUGUCACGAUCCUCGAAGAUCUCUUGUUCAAGCUUCGGAUCAAUGUUGCCGUAGCUAAGGGAUUUGAGGAUCUAGAGCUACCAGACCACCGCGGUCGCCACACUAAGAAGUAUAUUGAUCUGUGGCCGAUCCAAAUGUCCGCCGAGCUGGGGGCUGAUAAUGAAAGCAAGCAAAACGUGCUGACCACUAAUUUUGACACGUACACUUUGAUCCUUCAACUCGGUUGUAUUCUCAACACUGUUCCUUCGUGGAAGAAGACAUACAAAAUCCGAGUUGCGGUGUUCGUGGAGUACGAGACCGAUGUGGAAGAUGAAAGAGGGCGGGUUGAGGCUCUCCUGGAUAAAUUACGGAUUGAGGCCGAAGUCUUGGUUUUCUGGCUUGCUUGUGGUGAUCUCCAGACUUAUCAAACUAUCGUCAAUGAUGAUGCCUCGGUCACAGCUGCUACCCGAGAGAGGGUUAAUUCUGCUCUACAGGGGGAGGACUGGUGGCAAGGUGUCUUACAAGCUCGUUCCCUAAGUCAAGAACCCGAUUCGGACAGGACCAGCGACAGUCUUCAUCUUGAUAAGCCUUAUACGUUACAAAGACCAUCGAGUCAAGACAGUGGAGCCAGACCUUUACACCAUAGAGUGACUGGGUUGAGGAAACUGAUACAGUCCACUCGUCGCCGACGAUCUGUCUCCAGCUUCCGGGCUUUAGGAGGAGUGAACCUCGGUAUGCAAACGCAUCGCUUGCUAGAUGCGUUCGUCGACUACGACAGCUCCGAUAGUGCGAAUGAGAGCGAAGACAGUGACCUGGAGGCGUAUGUCAGCGAUCCAGAACCAGAGGACGGUGGAGAAGACAUAGUCAAUGCUCGAAACGAAGCUGUACCCGUUUCCGGCUCUUCGAGGCUCCUUGGACGGGCCAAGACCGAUGACUGCAGCCCUACCGCAGACUCCCCGAGCACACCAGUGCGUGCGAGCUCUCAAGUAGAGGAAACCUCAUCCUCUCAACUAAUCCCAUCCAUCAUUGAGACUGGCGACGAUGCCUCCCCGAAAAGCAACCCUCUCGGUCUACGGCCCCCCAUGAGCCGUUCUGCAUCCAGCAAUCGGUUCAGCUCCUCCCCCAUCCCCGAAGCCAAAGUGAUCACCGAAGCCGAGGAGGGCAAUGGACCAUCUAUCAUGUUUGCGACGCAAAACUCACCACCCCGAUUUGCAAACAAGCUAGAUUCUAUUUAUGCUCGUCGUCCAUCUGCGGUGUCUCCCACAUCCCCAUCCCCCGGUGCCCACAGCAAUACACCUGCAACAGGAUACCCUGGUGUAGCGUCGGUUGCAUUAUCUUUCAAUGAUCUCCCUAGUCGAGCACAGCAUUUGAUUCUGAAUGAGUUGAUGGUCCAGCAGAGUGGGGAUACUGCUGUUAUAUUCACGACUCUGCCGUCUCCAGUGGAGGGAACUUCACUUAGCGCGGAAGACAGUGCGUCUUAUUUGAGCGACCUAGAUGUCCUGUGGAACGGCUUACCGCCGUGUCUGCUGGUGCACAGUAACAGCAUGACUGUGACGAUGAACUUGUGA